AUGGGAAAGAAUAGGAAAUCCAAGAGGCAGCUGAUCCGCGACGAGAAGCGCGCCAAGAAGCGCGACCGCGAUCUCGCCGACGACGAAGAGCGCUCCGCAAAGCGCCAGCGACACCACGAGGACGACGCGGCCGACGGCGGUAACCAAUUCGAGCAGUCCAACGAUUUCUACACCCUAGACCCCAAUGCUGACUUCAUCGCCUUCGAUGAUGAAGAGCAACCUCAAAAUGGCGCCCCGACCCACCGUGCCCGUGGUGGCAACUUUGAGCGCGAGUUCUUCGGCAUGCUGGCCGAGGAGGAGCAGGAAUAUUUCCGCCACGCCGACGAAUUACUCGAGUUGAACGAUUUUCCCUCAGCUGAGGAUCGCCACGUAUUUCUGCAGAGUGUCUACCGCGAGGCCCGUGGCAAGGAGCUCAAGCUGGCCAGCAGCCAGUCAUGCUCGCGCCUGAUGGAGCGUCUGAUCUUGCUAUCCGACGCUAAGCAGAAAAAGAGCCUGUUCGGCGCCUUCGGAGGACACUUCAUGACGCUUGUGACUCACCGUUUUGCGAGUCAUUGCUGCGAGAAGCUGUUUUUGAUGAGCGCCCCGAUCGUGACGGCCGAGUUAAGCGGAGAAGCAGAGAGCGGGGAAGCAGAUAAGGAUGUGGAGAUGGGGGAGGCCGGUGAAGAAGUGGCGGCCGAGGUUGCCGAGGCCAUGAAGAUGUCCAUGGAGGACUUGUUCAUGUUGACCCUGGACGAGUUCGAAGAACACCUGUCCUUUUUGCUAUCGGAUCGGUACGGGUCCCAUGCACUGAGAGUGCUGUUGGUGGUGUUGUCAGGGAGGCCACUGGCUCAAGCGGGGACCAAGUCACUCCUUCAAGGCAAGAGCAAGGAGUACGUCACAGUGGAAGGCGCAUCUUCCUUGACGAGCGAGCUCAACUCUCAAGCCAGGACGGUGCCGUCGUCAUUUUCCACGGCGAUCCAGAAAAUCAUCGGGGACUCGACGGCUACUCUAGAUUCGACGGCGCUGCGAGUGCUCGCCAAGCACCCCACCGGUAACCCUACGCUACAGCUCUUGCUAGAAUUGGAGCUAUCCUUGUCAUCAAAGUCGAAAAAGGCACCUCAGCCAAAGAAGGAAGAGGGCGGCAAGGCUGCCGAGGGUGAGGGCCAGGAUAGCGUAGUGUCCCUGCUCGACAGGCUUGUCCCCGAUGCCCCAGCCUCGUUCAGCGACGACAAGUCGCAGGCUUGCGAGUUUGUAAACGGCAUGCUUUAUGACCCGAUUGGGUCACGCCUCCUCGAGACUUUGAUCGCCCACUGCCCGGGCAAAGUCUUCAAGGGCCUGCUGGCCAACAUCUUCGGGCCUAGAAUCCAGAGCCUGCUCCGGAACGACAUCGCCUCGUACCCGGCCAUCAAAGUCCUCAACCGGUUGAGCAAGGAAGAUCUUGCAGAUGCCGUGCAAAAGUCACUCACCGAGAUCCCGUCCUUUGUCGAGAAAGGGCGGCUCAAUGUCAUCAAGACCCUUUUCGAGCGUUGCAAUGUUCGUCACGCCACCGCCGAGCUUGGCACUCUUCUCCAGGCCCUCACGACGGCAUGCGGCGGCAACUGGAAACACAUCGUCCCCAAGCUCUGCCUCCUCGCCGAACCCGAGCCGGAGCCCGAAUCCAAAGAAAAGAAAUUCCAAACGCCCGAGGCCAAAAGCAAAAGCGCCCUCCUAUCCCACGGCAGCCAAGUCGUCUCUACCCUACUCACCAUCCCCGGCCAGCCCACGAAAGCAAUCCAGCAAUCCCUCCUAUCCCUCUCGUCACCCCAGCUCCUCCGCAUGCACGGCAACGCCCUCGUCAACGAGAUCAUCUCGGUCCCGUCCAAGGGGGGGGCCACGACGGCGGUUGUGCCGUUCCACUUGAAGGAGAACAUCAUGGCCCAGCUAGAGCGCCACGAGCACGAGCUACGCGAGACAUGGCUCGGGAGGAACGUGUGGCGCACGUGGAGAGGAGACUUGUGGAGCCACCGACGGCAUGACUGGGUGAGGUGGGCAAAGGAGACGGAUCCCGAGGGAGCGCGGGUCGCGGCGAUGCCCAAGUUGAAGAAUGAGGGGGAGGAGAAGAAAGCGGCGUCGGGGGCGGGGAGUACGAAGUGGGAGGUUGAGGAGGAGGAAGAGGUGGUUGAGGAAGAUGUGAUGGAUGUUGAGAAUGGGGUGGGUGUUGAAGCUGAUCACGUGGGUGAGGUCGAACCCCCUGUAGAGUCGACGGUGGACGACAUACAAGAGAAGAAAGCCAAAAAGGAGAGAAAGGAAAAGAAAGAGAAAAAGGACAAGAAGGAGAAUAAAGAAAAGAAGGUAAAGGGCGAUGGUGGCGAAGAGGUGACAAAAGAGAAGAAGAAAAAGAAGGACAAGAAAAAGGCAACUGUCGAGGUGGAAGAGUCCGCUUAG